AUGUGGAGUCGAGUCCGAACGUUGCUGUCGCCCUCCGCGUUGACCGCGGCGGCAGGAGCGCGGCUCCACGUGGGCCAGCGCGCCUCCCUCGCCAAAGUCUUCUCGGCGCGCCACGUGGAGCUGUUUGCCGAGCUGACGGGCGACACCAACCCGCUGCACCUGGACGCCGCCUACGCCGCCUCCACCGCCUUCGAGGCGCCCGUGGUCCACGGCGUCCUCGUCAACGGGCUCAUCUCGGCCGUGCUGGGCGCCGAGAUGCCGGGCCCCGGCUGCGUCUUGCUCUACCAGGAGAUCCGCUUCCCGGCGCCCCUCUUCGUCGGCGAGGAGGUGCUGGCCGAAGCCGAGGUGCGCAAGAUCAAGAUGUCGUUCGCCUUCAUCGCUGUGACGUGCUCGGUCAAGGACAAAGUGGUGAUGGAGGGCGAGGUGAUGGUGAUGUUGCCCGAGGAGCUGCAAGGGAAGUGAGACUUUUAUUGGCCAUCACUUAAGGCCAUUUGGGACUGUUCAACUUUUUUUGAGGGGGGGGUUGAUGUCAUAAAUCCAUCACAGGUGCCCUGUUAUCUUGUUGUUCUACGUUGCCCAGCUAAUAAAAAUUUGGAUUAUAA